UUCUGUCCUGUGUUUGUACAAAAUCUUAAAUUAUGACUGUUUAAAAACCGUGCGUGGUUAAAACAAAACAAAACUAUUUAAUAGGUUAUCUUACCUGCGAAGUACAGUUAAAGAAAUACUCGAGACAGGGAAUAUAUAAUAAAUUAUCGUCGCAUCUUUUGAGUUUCUCUUUGACAGUGUCUGUAAUCUGAAGAUGUUAAAGGCAGUCAUUCUGAUCGGCGGUCCUCAAAAAGGAACUCGGUUCCGGCCUCUGUCAUUUGAGGUACCCAAACCUCUCUUCCCCGUGGCUGGUGUGCCCAUGCUCCAACACCACAUUGAAGCCUGUGCCAAGGUUCCAAAUAUGAAGGAGAUCAUAUUGAUUGGGUUUUACCAGCCUAAUGAGGAGCUGAACCGCUUCAUAGCCUCUGCCCAGCAAGAGUUUAAAUUCUCAGUAAGAUACCUGCAGGAGUUUGCAGCACUUGGCACAGGUGGUGGCAUUUACCAUUUCCGAGACCAGAUCCUGUGUGGAGGACCAUCUGCGUUCUUCCUUAUGAAUGCUGAUGUUUGCUCUGAGUUUCCCCUGCAGGACAUGCUCCACUUCCACCACCAGCAUGGAAACUCUCACUGUGGAAUUAUUCUAGGCACUACGGCUAACAGGAAACAGUCUUUGAACUAUGGGUGCAUGGUGGAGAAUCAGGAAACAAAUGAGGUGCUUCAUUUUGUGGAGAAACCCAGUACUUUUGUAAGUGAUAUUAUAAACUGUGGGAUCUACUUAUUCACCCCAAAGAUUUUCACCCACAUCGGGACAGUGUUUCAGAGAAAGCAAGAAGACAGGCUGCUAGAGGAGCCUCCAUGUGCUAGGCAGUUGCGAGAACUGAUCCGCUUGGAGCAGGACAUCUUUACAAUGCUGGCAGCACAGAAACAACUGUAUGUCUACAAAACGCAGCACUUCUGGAGCCAGAUUAAGUCAGCAGGCUCGGCAAUAUAUGCCAGUCGUUUGUACCUGAACCGGUAUAAUGAGACACAUCCAGAAAGACUGGCCAGAUACCAAGAAGGAGGCCCUAAAAUAAUAGGGAACGUAUACAUCCAUCAGACAGCUAAUAUUGACUCCACAGCUGUUCUGGGUCCUAACGUCUCGAUAGGGAAAGGUGUAAUAAUCGGUGCAGGAGUUCGAGUGAGAGAAUCAAUUGUCUUACAUGGCGCUACACUGCAGGAUCACUGCUGUGUGCUUAACAGCAUCGUAGGCUGGGACAGUACAAUCGGAAGGUGGGCGAGAGUGGAGGGGACGCCGAGUGACCCCAACCCCAAUGACCCCUUCGCUAAAAUUGACAGCGAGACACUGUUCAGAGAUGGAGGUUUGACACCGUCUAUUACAAUACUGGGGUGCAAUGUGAAUAUUCCAUCCGAAGUCCUCAUUCGAAACUCGAUUGUACUUCCUCACAAGGAUCUAAACAGGAGCUUCAAGAACCAGAUCAUCCUCUAGAGAACCGUCUUGUCUAUAGGAAAAGACGUAAAAAGUCCAAAUGAAACAAUAUAGUGUUUGCACAAAAUAUUUUUAACAGUGUAAACAGUAUUUGCUGUCUACUUUUUGGUGUUGGGUUACUGCUCUUUAAAAGCCCUUCAGGAUUUUAACAUUUUUCUUUCUUUCUUUUAAUUUUUUAUUAGUGUAUUAUAAUCUAAUGGUGUAAAGCGCAUAUUAAGGUCUAUCUGGUGGAUGAUUGUAAGUAUUGCUAAAUUUCCUCUUCCUAACAAAAGCCUGUGAGUUAUUUUCAACGUGGUUUGUCAGAUAUUUAUCAGUCCUCAAAUCAACACCAUGAAGAUUUCAUCAUGAACACUAAACACAGAGCACUAAGCCCUUAAGAAAGGUGCUGCUGAAGCAUUCGGGGAUGCAGAAGGUCUUUGAUUCUUGUAUGCAUGUUUACGUGAACUGAAAUGGCUUUUGUAAAGACUCAUGCACUGUGUUCCCAUACUGAUUUUUUUUUUUUUUUU